AUGCAAAACCCGGCUGCGAACUCGCAAGUGCACCCUGGGGGAGCCACGCAGGAUGUGAUGACUCUGGUAGAAGAGGCUGGGUGCCGGACAGGAGAUGCUGAGGAGCUCCACCCAGAAACUGCGGGGGCAAGGCCGAAGGUUCAUGCGGGUGGCUUGCAGGCUGAAGAACUGUCUCGAUGGGUGCCUUCAUCGCCCUCCGACAGCCUGCGAGCCGAAACUCCUCUAGCUCGGUUGGUAGAGGUGGACAGGUUGGCCCGGCACAGUUCCCGCAAAACUGAAAUGAUUAUAGCGGGGAUGAGCACAUACAGCAAAAACCAGCCGAUUCGACGCCGAAGCAUCCUAGCUUGCCGCCACCCGUCCCCUUUACCGUCAACCCACGCGCAUCUAGAGGCUCCUUUUCCUCCGCCUGGGGUACCUCGCGGUGACUGA